CAACGGCUUUCUCUCUGCACUUCUUAGUUCAGUAGUGUACUUGAGCACCACACUCUCUUUCGUUUUCUUUCCAAUUCUACUUCCCACACCUCACUGCACAUUCUCCAUUCUCCAUUCUCACUUCCCCCACUUAAUUGGCGCGUAAAACCCUAGCUAGCACCUUCGCUUCUUCAUCGCUGCAACUCCACGCGCCAGAUCUGCAAGCAUUUAAGGCUUAAGCUAUGCACCACUACGCAUAGCUUGUUCCUAACAUGUCCAGUUCCGAUCCUAACAACCGUAACCGCCACGCUCCGUCUCUGCAUGAGCCCAAGCCCAUGCCGCCUUCUUCUUGGGCCAAGAAAACGGGCUUCAGGCCCAAAUUCUCCGGCGAGACCAAUGUCACCGAUUCCGGCCCGAUAUCCACGCCGCCGCCCAACGUGGAUCUCGAGGCCGGUCGUGUUCGAACUCCGGCAACCGCUAACGGCGUCGCCAACGGCGACAAGGCUCCCGUCCCGGUUCCGCCGCCACCUGCCGCGGCUAGGAAGCGGAGAGACUCCGACGGCGGGCCGAGGAGUUCUGUUCCCAGCACCAACGGACAAGCGCCGGCGGCGGAGACGGCUCCACCGCCGCGGAGAACGGCGAGGCACGAGGAAGUGGUGGACGGCUUGCCGGCGGAUGACGACGGGUUUGUGUCGCGGCACUCGCAUAUGAAGUAUGAACUCAGAGAUUCGCCUGGUUUAGUUCCUAUUGGCGUGUACGGAAUUCAGCACUACUUUUCGAUAUUAGGUUCGUUGAUUCUGAUUCCGCUUGUGAUUGUUCCUGCCAUGGGAGGCACUCACGAGGAAACUUCUAUGGUGGUAUCGACCGUGCUCUUUGUCUCGGGGGUGACUACUCUCUUGCAUAUUGCUUUUGGCUCUAGGUUGCCCUUGAUUCAGGGCCCUUCUUUUGUUUAUCUCGCACCUGCACUCGCAAUAAUCAACUCCCCAGAGUUUCAAGGAUUGAAUGGAAAUAAAUUCAAGCAUAUAAUGAGGGAGCUACAGGGGGCUAUAAUUAUUGGCUCCGCUUUCCAAACUUUACUUGGAUAUACUGGACUUAUGUCGCUGUUAGUAAGGCUGAUCAAUCCUGUAGUUAUAUCCCCAACUAUUGCUGCAGUUGGACUUUCAUUCUACAGUUAUGGCUUCCCAUUAGUUGGUACAUGUAUUGAGAUCGGUGCAGUACAAAUAUUAGUGGUUAUUGUUUUUUCUCUUUAUCUUCGUAAGAUAUCUGUUCUUGGACAUCGCAUUUUUCUAAUAUAUGCAGUUCCUCUGGGUCUGGCAAUUACAUGGGCAUUUGCUUUCUUGCUGACUGAAGCAGGAGUUUACAGCUACAAAGGGUGUGAUGUAAAUAUACCUGCCUCAAAUAUGGUUUCAGAGCACUGCAGAAAGCAUUUUUCAAGGAUGAGGCACUGUCGGGUUGAUACUUCUCAAGCAUUGAAAUCCUCUACAUGGUUUAGGUUUCCUUAUCCACUACAAUGGGGUACUCCUGUCUUCCAUUGGAAAAUGGCUAUUGUAAUGUGUGUGGUUUCCUUAAUCUCAUCUGUGGAUUCGGUUGGCUCAUACCAUGCAUCUUCAUUAUUGGUAGCAUCCAGACCGCCAACUCCUGGAGUUCUUAGUCGAGGAAUUGGUUUGGAAGGUCUUUCCAGUGUCUUGGCUGGUCUCUGGGGAACUGGAACUGGAUCUACAACUUUAACUGAAAAUGUUCACACAAUUGCUGUGACUAAAAUGGGAAGCCGCAAGGCAGUUCAACUGGGUGCAUGCUUUCUGAUAGUGUUAUCGCUUGUAGGUAAGGUUGGAGGAUUCAUUGCUUCAAUUCCCAAAGUCAUGGUUGCUGGUCUCCUCUGCUUUAUGUGGGCAAUGCUCACAGCAUUAGGAUUGUCUAAUCUACGCUAUAGUGAGGCUGGAAGCUCUCGGAAUAUCAUCAUAGUUGGGUUAUCAUUGUUUUUCUCUCUUUCCAUACCUGCCUACUUUCAACAAUAUGGCAUCUCUCCAAAUUCCAACUUGUCUGUGCCAAGUUAUUUUCAGCCCUACAUUGUGACUUCUCACGGGCCUUUCCACAGCAAAUAUGGAGGGUUGAACUAUGUCUUGAACACACUUUUUUCGCUACACAUGGUGAUAGCGUUUCUUGUCGCUUUUAUCCUGGAUAAUACUGUACCUGGCAGUAAGCAGGAACGUGGGGUAUAUGUUUGGUCCAAAGCUGAGGUUGCUAGAAGAGAGCCUGCUGUUGCUAAUGACUAUGAAUUGCCCUUGAAAGUUGGUCGGAUUUUCAGAUGGGUGAAGUGGGUUGGCCUGUAAAACUAGGGUUUCUUUGGCUGACAUAUUCACUUUGUUAAAUGCUCUCAACUGCUGAGGGGGGGGUAUGUCUUGGGUGGAUUCAAUGAUUGAGAGAGUAAUAGGUGAUGUUACAGAGUUCAUUAGUAUCAAUUGGGAAUUUGUAGGGCCUAUUUGUGUUGUAAUUUAUUAGAUUAAUCUAGUAUUUCCAGGUAUAUAUAUAUAUAUUUUUUUGCUUGCUUAAAGGUGAGACAUUUGACAAAUCAUUUUGAAUGUAUAUAUACUUUUCUUCUUUUGCAGUUUAAUCGAGCUAGCUUCAAAUGUAAUUCCUAGUUAAGUGUAUUCAUGGAACAAUCUGUUUAGAGUCAAAUGCAGCUCAUUUUACAU